AUGGCGGCCAUUGAUAAUGAACAGGAUAUGGGUGAACAACCAGUAAAAAAAGCCAAAAUGGAGGACUCCAAUGAAGAACGUGUGAGUAAAGUGAGUAAUGGUGAUCCUCCCAGUCAAAAAGGAGAACUGUCUUCUAACCGUACCAUUCCUACUGGAAUCCUUCCGUGUGCUGACUAUAUGGUCCGAACUCCUGGUGAUUAUACCUCUCAGUUGUAUCAAGCUAAGCCGUAUACACACAUUCUUUCUGUACCAGUAGCAGAAACAAUUCCAGCAUACACUGGGCAGACUCAGUAUCAAUCCUUGCAGCCAUCUCAGCCAUAUACAGUAUACCCUCAGGCAACACAAACAUACGGUCUACCUCCAUUUGGUGCCUUGUGGCCAGGAGUCAAGUCUGAAAAUGGCUUAAUCCAGACACUAAACCCCCCAACAGUUUUGACAUGCUCCUCAGGAGUUACCAACAGCCAAACCAGCUCUGUACUAUAUUCCUACCCUGUACAAGCCUCUACUACAAAUGCAAUAUCAAGCACAUCACCAUCAAACAUCACAACCCCAACAGUUACCAGCAUCUCAAACCAGGAAUAUCCCACAUAUACCAUCCUUGGACAAAAUCAGUACCAGCAUUGUUAUCCAAACCAAAACUUCACAACAGUAUCGCCCCCUGGCUCUACAGAAAGCAACCCUGUGACGCCAGAUUUUCAAGAGACCAAGACAGACACUACUUCCCCUUUGCAGAUACAAACACCAAUUUCUGGUGAUCCUGCUGCAGGCCAGCCCAUGAGAGCAAUGAGCAGCAAAGAGACAGAAGAACAAAGUAAGAAGAAUAUGCCAGUAAAGAACAGGGGGAAGGGUAAGAAAGCUGACUCCUUGUCGCCACAGCAUGGUGAUCUUGAGCGUGUGUUUUUGUGGGACUUAGAUGAGACCAUUAUCAUCUUUCACUCCCUGCUCACCGGGUUCAUAUGCACAAAAAUACGGAAAGGACCCCACCCUUGUGGUAGGAUCAGGCUUAGCCAUGGAGGAAAUGAUCUUUGAAGUUGCAGAUACACAUUUAUUUUUCAAUGACUUAGAGGAGUGUGACCAGGUUCACGUGGAAGAUGUGUCAUCUGAUGAUAAUGGUCAAGAUUUAAGUAAUUACAACUUUACAACCGACGGAUUUAAUGGGACAGCAGGAAACCGAAACCUCAACUCAAAUAGUGGUGUCCAAGGUGGGAUGGACUGGAUGAGAAAGUUGGCAUUUCGAUAUAGGAGAGUAAAUGAGGUUUAUGAAAAAUACAAGAGUAACGUUGGGGGAUUACUCAGCCCACAGAGGCGAGACUCUCUCCAGAGACUUAGAGAUGAUAUAGAGACAUUGACAGAUGGCUGGUUAGGCACUGCUAUGAAGUGUUUACAACUCAUUCAAGCAAGGAAGAACUGUGUUAAUGUGUUAAUAACUACAACACAGCUGGUUCCAGCUCUGGCCAAAGUUCUUCUCUACGGGCUUGGAGACGCGUUUCCAAUACAGAAUAUAUACAGUGCCACAAAAAUAGGAAAAGAGAGCUGCUUUGAAAGGAUAGUGACAAGAUUUGGGAAGAAAGUUACCUAUGUGGUGAUUGGAGAUGGUAGGGAUGAAGAAAUGGCCGCCAAACAGCACAAUAUGCCUUUUUGGAGAAUCGCAAACCACAAUGACCUCAUCUCUCUACAUCAGGCACUGGAGCUGGACUUCUUGUGA